AUGUUCAAUCUCCCAUCGUUGCAUUCCAAAGUGUCUGUUUCAGAGUACAUCCCUACCGAGGAGUGUCCGAAACCGAGCGGUGUGUUUCCCAACAGGUCCAACUGCAGCACCUUUUUCCUCUGCAACGACGGAAUCCACCACCUGCAAGAAUGUCCCGGGGGUUUGCACUACGACAGGAAGCGAGUUCGUUGCAACUUUCCCAAAUUAGCCAAGUGCAAAGACGGAAAAACGAAAGUCAAGCACAAACCCAAACCUUCAGAAACCCUGAAACCCAAGCGCAAGCAGAGCAGACACUGCCCCCGAAUGGACGGCAUUUUCUCGAACCCGGCCAACUGCAGCACUUUCUUCUUCUGCGUCGAUGGAACGGCUUACCUACAGGAAUGCCCGUGGGGUCUUUCCUUCGACGAGGCCAAUUUGAAGUGCGACCGCCCCAAAGUCGUCGGUUGUGCCCCUCCAUCCGGGACUUUGUCCGUUUUGCAAUGCCCUGACGACGACGGCCUCUUCCGGCACCCCGUCAACUGCCACACAUUCUAUCGAUGCAGAAAAGGAAGAAUUUACGAAUACGAUUGCCCUGUUGGAUUAGUAUUCAACUAUGACGAAAAAAGAUGCGACUACAAGAGCAACGUCCAGUGUCCGGAGCACCACCUGGAACGAAGGAAACACCAGCGACAAUACAUGAAGGUUCAGAAAAUCAACUUGUCCGAGUACCUAACAUGA